AUUUCAUCCGUCCACUUCAUCUUGUAUUUUAAAUUAAACUACUAAAGAAGAAUUGUUGAGCAUUUGUGUGGUAUCGGCGCACCGGUACGACAAAUCAGCAACAACAGGCGAUUCGUCGAUUCACCGAUUUAUGCAAUUGUGAAUCAUUUUCUUUGAUGGUUCGUCCAAAAACCGACAUCCUCGGAACCGCGGCACACCGCAUUGGCGCACUGCAUCGUGCAUCAUCCACACUAAUCAAAGAUUCGUGCAUAUCGACGCAUCAACGAAUAGUGAGUAGCGGGCUUUACUCUUUGCCUUUACACUGUCACUUACAUACUUCAGUUUGACAUUUCAGACACUACGUAUCUUGUCACAAAGAUGACCAUUUAUUAGAUAUUAAAAAAUUUCAAUUAACCGAAUCAUAAUUUUCUUUAUAAACAUGGCUCGGUCAGAUCUUAACAAUGACGUUCAAAAACCAAGUGAUGAAAUAUCCUUUACGGGAAUUAGGGCGGAAGAGGAUCUACAAGAUUAUGUUCAAAAUAUAUUAGAAAAUUUAGUUCCUGAAGAACCUAAAGUGUAUUCCGUUGAGGAUGGGAGUACAAAAAUAUUAAUACCUUUAAAAAAUAUACGGGACACUGACGUAAAUCCUCUCUCUGUACAAAUACUUAAACAAGAAAAACGUUCAGGACCGGGAAUUAUUUUUAGUAAAAGUGGAAAAAUCUUUAAUUUCGACGAUCAGUGUCCGCCAGUACCAUAUUGUUUAAGCUUUGAAUCCAAAUCGAUACCCCGGACCAAAAUACUCAUUUACCAAAUACGAAACUUCAUCGAUAAAUUUUAUGACGAAUCAGAAAGAAUUGCUCAAGCCAUAUUUUCUAGAGGAAUCAGCAGACGAACUCUUAUUACGAAAUCUAUGAUCGUUCUUGCUUUACAAAUAUUGUUAACAGUCUCGGUGAUUGUCGCUUGUGCUCGCAUCUCUUAUUUAGGAGAAUUUAUAAAAAAGGAACUUUCUGUAUUUUAUUAUGUUGCUGCCGCGGAAGCGAUUUCAUUUAUACUACUCGUUUUUUUCGAUGGUUUUAGAAAACGAAAUCCUUACAACUACAUUGCUCUAACUACGUAUACAUUAUCUUCAAGUUAUUAUAUAGGAUCUUUAGGUGUUACUCACGAUACGAAAGUGUUAUUAAUAUGCUUGGGUAUAACAGUAAUUAUAUUUUUCGCAGUUGUUCUUUUAUCGUGGAUAAAUUAUUGUGAUUUAACUGAGAGUAACCUUCUAAUUAUGACUUUACUAGGAUUCGAAGGAAUAUUUUUCCUAAUCGCUCAAAUAUAUUAUUGGAGAACUGGUAGCGCUUAUUUUCGGUAUAUAUUUUCAUUCACUUUUUUAGGUUUCGUAUGUUUAUUUUUUAUUCAUCUAUUUCAACUCGUUUUAGGGAAGGGUAAAACUAAAAUGAAAACGGACGAACACCUUUUAGCUGCUAUCAUGAUGUAUCUUCUUACUGAUGUGAUAUACAUAUGUUUACCAACACUAGUUGAAACAUCAUUACAAUAAAAUACAGAGGAUUUGUCGAAAUUUUCUUAAACGGUUGUUUUAUUUUAUUGUGUUAGAAUCGGA